AUGUCCCAACAAUAUUCCUACGGAGGUGGAGGUGGAUACGGUGGUGAGUGGGAGUCAUUCAGACGAUGCACACCAGCAGCUUGCGCUGACAUACGCGAUUCCUGUCACGGGAAUAGCGCCACCUCAAGGAGGAGGAGGAGGUGGUGGUUAUGGUGCUCCACCGCCUCAUCAAGGAGGCUACGGGGGUCAGCAACAGCAAGGCUACGGAGCCCCUCCUCCUCAGCAGCAGUAUGGUGGAGGCGCACAGGGCGGUCGUCCGGGUGGAGGUUAUCCACCUGCAGGAUCAGGCUACCCUCCUCAGCGCGCACAAGUAUACAAUCGUCACACUGGUCCUCCUCCUGGUGCAGACCCUCAGCUCUGGUGAGUUCGAAUUGGGUGCAUACAUGCCACUUUGAUCGGCGUGGACAGGCUGGCUGAUGUUGUGGGGUGGGACCUUCUACAGGGGCUGGUUCACUUCGUGUGAUAGGGACGGCAGGUGAGUACUGCACCAGAUCGGCGUCAUGUUCCAAUCAAGCAGCCGCUGACACCCGACGCCACAGCGGCCAAAUUGACGCUCGAGAGCUUUCGGCGGCUCUCGUCAAUGGAGAUUGGAGUCCGUUCCAGGAGUCGAGUACGUACAGCUGACUCGUGACAAAUUCGAAGCAGCUUUCUGCACAGCGCACUCAAAUUUCCCUUUGGGCUUUUCUACAGCCGUCAAGAUGCUCAUGAACUUGUUCGAUGUGGACCGCAGUGGUCACAUUAGGUGAGUUGUGCCACGAAGAACAGACUGCGAAGAGCGUGGCUUAUUGAGACGUUUUCCCUCUCUGGACGAUGUCAGCUUUGCGGAGUUCGCGGGUCUUUGGAAGUACAUCCAGGACUGGCAAGGCGUGUUCCGGCACUUUGAUGCAGAUCGAUCCGGAAGGUGAGCGAGCAGUGUUCCCUUAUCUUUUCGUCACCUUCCCGCUCACCCAGGCUAAGGUCUCGGCGCACUCAUCAGCAUCGACUCUGCUGAGCUCUCUCGCGCGCUGACCCAAUUCGGCUACAACCUAUCUCCCGGUCUACUGCACCUCGUCACAUCCAAAUACAGUAAGUAUGCUCUUCCAUUUCUCAUGCCUUGCCUUUUUUCUGACGCGCGCGACUCGUACGUCUCAAACAACUAACUCUGUGCCAGUCCAACUCGACUCUCCCAAACAAGGUGCUCUGCCUUCCAGACCCGGUGCAAACGCUGGCAUCAACUUUGAUGGCUUUUGCAGAGCUUGCGUCGGCAUCAAGUCUGCUACCGAGUCCUUUCAAAAGUUUGACACGGUGAGUCGCAAGAGGUCCGUUCAGGUGAUUUGUAAGCUGGUACUAGAUGGCUGCGUGGUCUGUCGCAUAGCUGGGCGAUGCAAUGGCACUCAUCCUACAAGGAUGUCGAAGUUCGCAGGGAGGGGGUCAGGCUGCGAGAGAGAGAAAUACCAGUGUCAAGAUUCGUUCAAUGUUCGCGCUCAAUGCAGCUAGCUGAUGCUCACAUUUUUGCGCACACACCAGCAACGCAACGGAACAGCCACGCUUCACUACGAGGACUUUAUGCGCAUCCUCUUGAGCGCUCCUUGA